CGGUGGCGAGUGAGCGUUUGUGUUCAUCCAUUUCAACAACGGACAGCGUGUGACGUCAAUUGCUAGUUCAGAUGAUAUUGUGCAAAAAAAAUGACGAUUGCGCCAAGAAAGACGCUCCAUUCACAGGAUUCAAAAUCCCCGGAUUUACCGCUCCGUUUAUGAGACGCGACACCGGACUUUUCACCACUUCUCACCAUUUGAUGGGCUACACCGGACUUCUUUCAAACAGUCAGAAAGAACCCAAUGAAUUUAACUGCAGUAGCUGGAAUCACGGAGAACUGGACAACACGAGAUCAACAGGAUUUGUGGGUAAUCCCGCAUGGAGCAGAUGGACACACAGAGGCAACACAAGAGGAUGUAUCCUGUUACUCUCCUCUCGCACAUUCAGGGCUCCGCGAGAAGACACACACGUUAACAUCUAUCCGUUCUGGAGUGUGUGUGUGUCUGUGUUUGUGUGUGUUGUCUUUUUUUUUCUUUUAUUUUGAGGAGUUGCACACCUCCCAUGUUUCGUCUGGAUGUUAUUGGCUGGAUGGUCCGUGCAAAAGUGGAUGUUAAGCUCAUGGCUGCUACGACGAGGAGGAGGAGGAGGAUAACAGGCUGGGCGCUCGGAGGUGUACGGUGGUGAAGAUGGCCGGAAUGCGUUUCAUGGGGUUGCCGUCACGGAGCAGGGUCAAACGGCCUGGAGAAACUGGAAUAGGGGUCCUUUAUCUGCUAGUCCUAUUGCUGAUAUCAACUUGCUUGGGCCAAGACACUGAUGACUGGCAAUAUGAGGAAUGCAAGCUGUCUCGUUCCGGUCCUCCUGCUACCAUUGUUGCCAUAGAUGAGGAGAGUCCCAAUGGAACCCUGUUGGUGGAGAACAUGCAGAUCAACGGCGUGGCCGAGGGACCGGGUCGAACCAUUUCUUUGUCUCUGAGGGACAACCAUGACUACUGGGUGAUUCUGGACCCCGCCAAGCAAGCCCUGUACCUCAACAGCACCGGGCGUGUUCUCGACAGAGAUCCGCCAUCCUACAUCCAGUCCAUCGUGGUCCAGGUCCAGUGCACCAACGAGCUGGUGGGUACCGUGAUCCUCCACGAGGUCCGUAUCGUGGUGCGGGAUCGCAACGACAACGCGCCACAUUUCCAGCAGCCCAGAUACUACGUGGCAGUGAACGAGUUAACUCCAGUGGGCACCACCAUCUUUUCGGGCUUCUGGGGCAACAACGGGGCGACCGAUAUCGACGACGGCCCCAACGGACAAAUCGAAUACACCAUCCAGCACAACCCCAGAGACCCAAUGGCCAACAGAACAUUCGACAUCCCGCUGACGUUGUUUGGCGCCGUGGUGCUCAGGGAGCGGCUCAACUACGAGGAGAUAACACGCUACCUGGUCAUCAUACAAGCUAAUGACCGAGCCCCAUACCCGAGCGAGCGUCGCACCGCCACCACCACGCUGACCGUAGACGUGCUGGACGGCGACGACCUGGGCCCCAUGUUCCUGCCGUGCACGCUCGUGGGGAGCACUCGCGACUGCAGCCCCAUCACGUACAAGUCCAGCGUGCUGGAGCUGACGGAGCCGAAUAAGGUGAACCCACUCAAUGUGACCCCACCCAUACAAGCUCAGGAUCAAGACAGGAACAUCCAGCCUCCGUCAGACAGACCUGGGAUUCUGUACUCCAUCCUCAUCGGGAAACCAGACUCCUACGUUGAAUAUUUCAGCUUGAACAGAAGCACGGCCGAGCUCCUGCUGCUGAAGCCCAUCGACAGGGAACUGUACCGCAGAUUCGAUCUGGUUGUGAAGGCAGAGCAGGACAAUGGACACCCGCUGCCAGCAUUUGCCAGCCUCCAAAUUGAAGUGCUGGACGAGAACAACCAGGCGCCGUACUUCCUGGAGAGCAGCUACCAUGGCUUUGUUCUAGAAGGCUCCCCGGUGGGAACGACCAUCGCGACCAACAGCAGCCUGUCGGAACCUUUGGCUUUUGUGGCCCUGGAUAAUGAUGUAGAGGAGACCAAGGAUCCUCAGCUGCAGCUCUCGUUGGACAGCUACGCAGACGUUUUCGCCGUGUCAGCCAGAGGGAUCAGACGAUACCUCACGCUGGUGCAGCCACUGGAUCGAGAGGCGCAGGAUUCUUACACUUUCACGCUCCUAGCAUGGGAUGGCGUUCAGCAGAGUGCUCCGGUUGCCGUGACGAUCACUGUGUUGGAUGCAAACGACAACACACCGACGUUUGCCAAUGUUUCCUACGAUGUCCACCUCUACACGGACAUGAUGCCUGAGGAAACUGUACUGCAGCUGUCAGCAGUCGAUUCUGACGAGGGUUCGAACGGCAAAGUCACAUAUCGAAUCUUAGCUGGAGAUCAGGGACAAUUUGUCAUCGCCGACAGCACCGGCGUCAUUACUGUGGCACCCGGGGUGGUGCUCUCCGUGGGGCGGAGCUAUGCCCUAACCGUGGAAGCCAUGGACAACGGACCUGAGCUUCAUAGAAGGUCAUCCAUUACGACGGUCUACAUCGAAGUUUUGCCGCCCAACAACCAGAGCCCCCCACGUUUCCCCCGGCAACAGUACAGCCUGGAGAUCAGCGAAGCUAUGAGGACGGGAGCCACGCUGCUUAACCUGCAGGCGGUGGAUCGGGAGAGGGACCCCAUUACCUACAGAAUCCAGGGCGGGGAUCACCAUGGACAGUUUUUACUGCAGCGCAAUUCUGGGUAUUUGGUUCUGGAUAAACCUCUGGACAGAGAGACUCAGGACUAUUAUACCCUGGUUGUCACAGCCUCAGAUGAGCGGCCAGAUGGGACCUCCACCGCCACGGUGCACAUUGUGGUGACAGAUGUUAAUGACAACGACCCGCUGUUUGAUGCCUCGUUGCCGGUCAACCUCACUGUCACCGAAGAGCAGGAUGAGGCGUACGUUGGGCACGUCAAGGCCACCGAUCCCGAUCUUGGCGCCAGCGGUCAGGUUCAUUAUCGACUAGUCAACCAUCAGCGCCUUUUCUCCAUCAACGCCACCGGAGCCAUCAGAACCACGGUCCCACUGGACAGAGAGAUGAAGGGUCACUACUUUCUGAUCGUGGAGGCCUGGGACGGCGCCGUGGACCCUCGGCGGUCCAGACUGACUCUAUCGGUGACGGUCCUGGAUGUGGAUGACAACAGUCCUGUGUUUAGCCAGCAAACGUACAACAUCAACCUAGCAGAGAACAGCCCCAAAGAUAUAGUACUACUACAGCUUAAGGCCAUCGAUGCUGAUCUUGGCUCCAACCUCACCUACCGCAUCAGGACGGACAGUAAGGAGCUCCUUCGACUUUUCAGCAUCGACCCAAUCACGGGAGAGUUGUCUGUGCGGAAAGUUCUAGACUUCGAAUCCUUGACCGCUUCCAAUUCCACGUACGUGUUCACGGUGGAGGCCCUGGACGCCGACGGCAUCAUGCCUCCAGGCCUGGCAUCUGUUACCGUCACCGUCACUGACGUCAAUGACUUUGCUCCGGUCUUCAGCCAGCCGGUCUACCGCGGCGUGGUCGCUCCAAACGCCAUCAAGGGGACUGUUGUAACCACGGUGACGGCCAACGACUCCGACCCAGCGGGAACCCCGGCUGGUCUCGUGCGCUACAAAGUGGACCAGGAGGCGUAUUCGUACUCCGCCAGUAUAUUUGAAGUACACGAACUGACUGGAAACGUUGUGACCAGAGUGAAUCUCAACGAGGAGCCCAACCUCAAGUUCAGGCUGGUGGUGGUCGCCUACGACGACGGCGAGCCUGUGAAGGAGAACACCACGCUGGUGGAGAUCACCGUGCUUCAGCCCUCCGUUAUUCCUGUUUUUACUCAGGAAGAAUACAGGUUUCCGCCCGUGAGCGAGGAGGCUCCAGUCGGAACUCCGGUGGGAGUCAUCUUGGCGGCUGCUGUCAAUCAAACCAUCGUGUAUUCCAUCAUUGAGGGCAACGAGGGAGGCAUGUUUGAAUUAAACGACACAACGGGACUGAUUUCCACAGCCAGGAGUCUGGACUACGAGACCAACUCCAGCUACGUCCUCAAGGUGGAAGCUGACUCCAUGAGGGUGGUCUCCUCCAACCUCCGAGCUCCCUCCAAGAGUAACACCGCCAUUGUGACGAUUGACAUCCAGGAUGAGAAUGACCACUCGCCCGUUUUCACCACACCUCUUUUCAUCGGAGGAGUCGCAGAGGACGCCAAAACCUUCACCUCGGUCUUGCAAGUGCAGGCCCUGGAUAAAGACACCGGCAACUACAGCUCCAUGUUGUACCGCCUCAUCAACCCGCCCUCGACCGGGAAAGACACCAAGGAUAGCAAAGACGGUUUCGUCAUCGAGCCUCUCAGUGGCGUGGUGAAAACAGCCAUCAUGUAUCGCAACAUGAGGAGGUCCUACUUCAGGUUUGAGGUGGUCGCCACGGAUGACUACGGGCGGGGACACAGCAGCAAGGCAGAGAUAGUGGUGUCAGUGGUGAACCAGCUGGACAUGCAGGUGGUCGUAUCAAACGUCCCUCCAACGUAUGUGGAGAAAAACAAAGCCAAACUACUCAGUAUUUUAGAGCACUACGUCCAGGAGCAGAUUCCGGGAGCCAAAGUGUUCGUAGAAACGAUCGGGCCGCAUCGUCAUGGUGAUGGACUGGAACUGGAGGACUACACCAAAUCAGAUGUAAUGAUUUAUGCCAUCGACCCGCUCACAAAUAGAGCCGUAUCCAGACAGGAGCUCUUCAAGUUUCUUGAUGGCAAACUCCUGGACAUCAACAAAGAAUUCCAACCCUUCCUUCCCCCCGGCGGGCGCAUCCUGGAGAUCCGGACUCCGGACAUUGUGACAAGCGUGAAAAAGGCGGUGCAGACUGUCGGCUACACAGAGGGGGCGCUGUUGGCCCUGGCUGUCAUCAUUAUUGUGUGCUGCGUACCUGCCAUACUCAUCGUAAUCAUCACUUACAGGCAAUUCAAAGAACGGCAGGCCGAGUGUGCCAAGACCGCCCGUAUCCAGAUGGCGCUGCCAAGCAACAAACCUGCAGGGGGUACCGCCAACAACCUGUACGAAGAGCUGGGUGACAACGCCAUGCGUAGGUAUGGACAACAUGAGACUCAACAACUCCUCCGACCUUCUGUCCUUAGACCUGAGGAGUUAUCCAUGGAAUCGGGCAUCGACCCUGGUCAGGACUACUACACACAGGAUUACUACAACUAUGAUCAUGGAUAUGACCUUCCUCAGUACGGCAGUCGCAGGAAGUUGAUCUCACCCUCCGGCCUCUACGAUGAAUAUGGAGAGGUUGUUGUCGACGAUGACGGCAGCUACUACUAUAGCCCGCAGGAGUCCGACGGCGAGCACGGCGGCCGCAAGCGUCGCAUCAAGCUGGUAUUGGACCGCGAGUACGAGACCAGCUCCACGGGUGACGACAGCGUUCCAGAACCCCAACGCGGCCGCUCCACCGCCUCCACACUUAACAACCACACCAACGUCAACGGCGGCCUCUAUGUGGCCCAGAACGGCUCCAUCAUCCGCACUCGGCGAACCGCCGCCCCAAACAACAAGCCCCCGUCACCGGUCUUCAGCACACGGUUGGCAAAGCACUUUAAAAAACUGGACAAAAUGGCAGCCACGUUGGAGGAGAAAAUACCCCUAAACAGCCCUAGAACUGUACCGGAGGGCGGAGCCAAAACCCUGCACACCUUCAAGAGCCCCCCGACGCCGUCGUUCAAUAACUCUGACAUCCACAAGACGGUCAACGUCUUUGAUACUCGACAAUCCAACAUGUCCGCCGACAUCAACACGGAUGUCCAUGAGCAGCCGCCGGAUGCUAACUCAGAGAACAACGGCGAGCCGCACACGGGGACCGCCGAGGUGAGGCAGGAACUGGGAGACGGCGAAAUAGAGUCCAGGGUGGACGGCAGUAACAGCGAUACCGACGAAGGCCUGGUCAUGAGGGAUCUUCCCCAGUGUCCCAUUGAGAGGACACAAGAGGAGCAGGAGGAGCUUUGGAUGGGACCCUGGAACAACCUCCACAUCCCCAUGACCAAACUAUGACUCUCCGGUCCCAGUUUGACUCAUCAGCAUGUCAUCAAUCAGUCCUCAGAUGAACAAAAAUGACCCUUUAAGCAAGUGGCGUGUCUGCAAAAACACACCAAAACCGAAAAUAAGUCCGGUCGUCUUGCAUUUAAACAUGCAGGAACACUUUUUUGCCUCCAAAUUGGCCCGUCUUUGUAAUGGUUUCUGGCAAACCUUACCUAAAAAUAAAAUAUUUCAUCCACCAAUAACUUUUUGAUAUGCAAAUGUUGUCCUCUUUUCUUCCGAUGCUCCAAAGGUAAGACAACAUUUAUUUUAUAUCUUUGUGGUAAGUAAGCUAAACAGACACUUUACUAGCCUGGCUCUGAAUUAAUGUAAACAUUAUUAUUUUAAUAAAUAACAAAAAUAAGCUCAUUUAUGUUUUAAAAUGUCUUACAUGUAUACUAUGUAUACAAUAACAGUAACAAAUUGAUUUUAUUAAUUACAUUUUGUUGUUGUUUUGGUUUGUUGCGUAAUAUGCGCAUGCGCAUCAUCAUGGCAGGCAACAGCUCUCUGUUAUGACGACAAAUGGCGGCACAGUGUAGCUCCCCACAGAGUCACAUUGACUAUGUCGCCUUUUUAUAACUUUAUUCUGAGCUGAACACUUCAAAAGCGGUGCAAUUUAAACGCAAUUUAUGUAUUUCGACUCGAAAACAGUCGCGUCCCUAAUUACGUCACUUCCUUUGUAAACAGCUCUCGAGAUGCUUUCACGGACAUGCCGACCAUCACAACAACGUCCUUACUAUGAGUGAAUGUGUUGGUCUAAAUCAGGGGUCACCCACACGGUAUCGCUUGUUCUAAAAAUACAUCAGUCCAAAUAGCACCACUUACAUGCGUUCCCUGCUAGUUGAAAUGACAUUAUAUUUUUAAAAAAUACGUGUGAUUAAACGCAACUCCCAUUUACGACACUAAAACGCACCAGGAAUACACCUGAAUGCAACCAGGGCAGCCGCACAGGUGACAGAGAUGUCGUAACAUUUGGUGUUCAACUAACAGCGUGUGCUUAUCAACGAACCAUCCAUCCAUUUUCUACGCCUCGUAUCCUCACUUGGGUCACGUGGGUAUGUUGGAGCCUAUCCCAGCAGACAUCAGAGUUUGUGCCUAAAUGUUCGUCUUACAGGACCACCGAACACUAAACAGAAAGUCUACAAGCCAGCUUGUCUUUCUUGGUUCCAUCUUUCCAUCUUAUCGACACGUUGGACCAGCGAGGCGGAGUCAGAGGCGGAGCCAGAGGCGGAGCCACACACACACACCGGUGAGCAAUCAAGAAAGGGUCGGAAACGUAUCCGGCGAGGUUUAACGCCAAACUCCUCUCUGGUCAUUUGUGUAUCUUCCAGUUCCUGAGGAGGUGAAGCUUCCACGUCAGAGGACUGACUGGGGGCAAGGGGAUGUCGGCGGGUCGAUGCUGCCCUCUAGUGGAGAAAGAAGAGACGUGCAGGAGACGUCCCGCCCCGGCUUUGCUCUCUGCCAUCCACGCCUUCAGCCCCGU